AGUGGACUUGGCCAAGAAAAAAGCAGAGCAGUGGACUUGGCCAUCGAUCCUCCCAGCUGCCUGCCCCCACCAGCAAUCUCCGCUGCCGGCCCCCCUUCUCCUUCUGCUAGUCGAGUGACCGACCGCGGCUUCCAACGGCGGAGGCAAAGGCAAAGGCAAAGCGCGAGCGAGCAUGGACAGACUGAACGCGAAGCUGUACCUGCAGAACUGCUUCAUCAUGAAGGAGAACGAGCGGCUGCGCAAGAAGGCGCUGCUGCUCAACCAGGAGAACCAGGCCCUGCUCACCGAGCUCAAGCAGCGGCGCAUCGCCAAAACCAAAACGGCGGCGCCGCCCAACCACAGCGCCAACGGGAAUGCGGCGGCGGCAGCAGGCCACCGCGCGCCGAUCCCGGACCUCAAUGCCGCCGCUCCGGGCCCGCGUGCAGCCGGCCACGAGAAGGCGGCGGCGGCGGCGUCGCCCAACAAGCCGAAGAAGGCGGUCGCCAACUGACGCGCGGCUUCAUUAGUUAGUCAAAAGCUGCCUUGUAGUUAUCUUUACCGGUUUGCCGCCAAUUCUGGACGCAUGUCAAGUCAAGAACGCCGCCUGCUUAGUUGUUUUAGCUAAUGCAUACUGGAGUUGCAUUGCAUGCCUAAUGUAAUGAUCGAGACAUAUGCUGCUCUGCUCCCUUCUGGAGGGAUAUAGCUAGAUCAGCUAGUGUGGUAUAUAUACGUAGUUGGGUGUGUCUGCUGUAUGACAGGCAGUGGUGCU